AUGAAGGCAGGCCUGCACAUGCCCUGCUUUCCGCAGCCAUCUGCUCCAAGUCUCCAUCCCUCCCAGAGACAACAGCGCCCGAUGUCCUCAAAGCAGCGGGGGCACCUGACGCACCGCGCCGUCCAGCUCCUGGCCCUUUGCGUGGGCAUCGGUGCGUUAGGGCUGGGCCUCAGUUGCUUGGUGGAUCCUGUCACCUCGGCGAAGAUGUACGGCUUGCCCUCGGAUGGCUCGAUUUCUGCGCUGUGCUGGGUGAAGGCCGUCGGAGUCCGUGACAUUUGCUUGGGCAUUGGCACUAUGGCUUUCCUUAUGCUGCAGCCGAGCGCCCUGCGCAUCUUUGCCCCCACCAUGUUGCUCGUGACAGGAUCCGAUGCGGCAUUGACCAUUGGUGGGCCUUCCACAGCAGACCACCUGCUUGGCUCUGUAAUCGUCGGACUUCUGUCAGCUGCGGCUUGGUCGGACCCAUUCCUGGCACCGGCUGAAAGCCACAGCUACAAACACACGUGA